AUGGCAGCUAGGGACCGCUUUGGUGGUGCCUAUGCUGACCUGGGCUUCACCCCUCUUCAAAGGGCCAUUCGAAACGCCUGUGACUUGUCCCUCUACGAACCGAAUCUCGCUCUAAACCUCGAAGUUGCGGAUCUGGUCAAUUCCAAGAAAGGCAAUGCUCCCCGAGAAGCAGCGUUCGAAAUCGUCCGGUUCAUCAACUCGCGAAACCAGAAUGUCUCGUUACUAGCAUUGGCGCUCCUGGACAUUUGCGUCAAAAAUUGCGGGUACCCUUUCCACCUCCAGAUCAGCACGAAGGAGUUUCUGAAUGAAUUGGUCCGUCGCUUCCCCGAACGGCCGCCUUUGCGGGCCACGAGGGUCCAGCAUCGCAUUCUCGAGUCAAUUGAGGAGUGGAGGCAGACUAUUUGUCAGACGUCGCGGUAUAAGGAUGAUCUAGGACAUAUUCGUGAUAUGCAUCGACUACUGCUAUACAAGGGUUAUGUUUUCCCGGAGAUCCGGCGCGAGGAUGCGGCUGUUCUGAACCCCAGCGAUAAUUUGCGCUCGGCGGAGGAAAUGGAAGAAGAGGAACGAGAGGCGCAAUCGGCCAAGCUGCAGGAGCUUAUUCGAAGGGGGACACCGGCAGAUCUACAAGAGGCGAACCGGCUGAUGAAGGUCAUGGCUGGAUUUGACACUCGGCAUAAGACAGAUUACCGGGCUAAGGCGGCAGAGGAAGUAGCUAAGGUGCAGGAGAAGGCCAAGAUUCUGGAAGAAAUGCUACAGAGCCAGGCGCCGGGUGAUCGGAUCGCGGAGGGCGAUGUGUUUGAGGAGCUCGCGAAUGCCCUUCAGAGCGCGCAUCCGAAGAUACAGAAGAUGUGCGAGGAGGAGUCGGAUGACCCAGAAGCCGUGCGCAAACUAUUGGAGAUUAAUGACAGCAUACACCGCACGAUUCAACGGUAUAAGCUUGUGAAGAGCGGCGAUUGGGAAGCCGCGACGAGGAUCCCCAAGGGCACAUUAGGCACUAGUACGGGCGUGUCCAAGAACGCCAACAACGAGCUGUCUUUGAUCGAUUUCGACCCAGAGCCUAGUUCCAACGGCGCAGAGCAGCCGGCGCAGGGAUCCAGUUCUAUUGAAAAUGACUUACUUGGGCUAUCGAUCGACGAGCCGAUUCCGUCAGGUGGAAUCUCGUUAGGACAGACGAGCCCUCCGGUUCCCCAAUUACCUCAGAAUCCCAGCGCAUUCCAACCAAACUUCGAUAUCCUCGGCUCGUUAGGUUCAAGUUCAACCCAACCUCCGUCAUAUUCGUCGACACCUGUUCCUGCAUUCUCCCAACCUCCUGCUACUGCAACUCCACCCCCCGCAGUGGACCCAUUCGCGUCCUUAGUAUCUGCCAGCCCUCGACACAACAGCCCACUCCCUUCCAGCUCUGCAAGCCCUCGGCCGCCCGCAUCGUCUACCCUACUUGACCUCGCUGGAGCUGGCGCCGGAGUUGAGCAGAAGCCCAAGGCAACAGACGAUGACGAGUGGGACUUUGCCUCAUCCUUACCGCAGAGUAGUUCAUUGCCGAGUACCAAUCGCGUGCAGGUGUUGAACUCGUCACUGAAGGUCGAGUUCGUCGCCCGCCGACACCCUCAGCAACAACGCCAAAUCCAUAUCAUUGCGAACUUCUCAAAUGCGACAAGUCAACCUCUGAGUGAUCUCCACUUUCAGGUCGCCGUUGAAAAGGCAUAUACCCUACACCUCCGGCCUCAGUCUGGCCGCGACAUCGGCCCCCUCCAACAGAACGGAGUGCAACAGGAAAUGCUCCUCGACGGAAUUGAUAUGGGCAAGGGCAACUCAGUCAAGAUUCGGUUCCGCGUCUCGUACCGGCUCGGCAGCGAAACAAAGGAAGAGCAGGGGAUGGUUCCGACUUUGGGAAUUGCAUAG